CAUCUUAUAAUUCCAAUGUCGGACCAUUACACUGGCAGUGUCACAUGGCGCGGGGGUAGUUACUACUACCCGAAGAUUAAGGCUAAAUUUGAAGAAUUUAACCUAUUGGACAGGGUGAGGGAAUCCCCUUUCAAACAGUUUUUCGAGAGAGCGCCCAUACAAUUUUCUGGAGCAUUUUUUCAUCAGUUGAUGCUUCACAAAAUAAAAUCUGACAAGCCGGACGAGGUCCAUUUCUAUGUGGGAAGGAAGAGAUGUAGAUUUGGGAGGGUGGAGUUCGGCUUGGUCACCGGGUUAAACUUAUUGCCCGGCCCUACUGAGGAAGACAUCAAACAAAAUGGAAGCUCUGACCGGUUGAUUCAGGAAUAUUUCAACGGUAGUGCUUCGAUCACCUUCGGCCAACUGCGCAGAGUUUUUGAGAGCUGCACAGAAGCUGAUGAUGUUUACAAGUUGGGGAUGGCCUUGUUUGUCAUGGGCGUCCUCACUGGUAAGGAGGAGAAGACUGUCGUUCCUCCUUUUGUGAUAAGAAUGGUUGAUAACCUUCCAUUCUUCUACGAGUAUCCCUGGGGAAAGAUUUCUUACACCAAGCUGAUGGAAAGUUGUAACAAGGAUUACUUGGAUGUGAAGAAUAAGAUGUUGAAAAAGAUUGAGAAGGGAGUAACUCAGAAGGAGGCAAAAUACUCAGCCUACGGCUAUGCUGCAGCGUUGCAGUAUUGGGCAUACGAGGCCAUAUUACAGCUGGGCAACGAGUAUGCAGUGAGGAGGUCGCAUGGCUUUCCGAGAAUGGUCAACUGGGAGAGUAAGCCGAAAACUACACUCGGGAAGGAUGAAGUGACCAGAUUAUUUGCUAAAAAUUUGACAGUGUACUCCGUGUUAUGUCCUCGGCCGAACGAGAUUGAGUUUGUGAGUUACAUAACCGGGGGUCAGCCUCCAUUAUUUGUUGACUUGGAGGAACUUGUGUUGGGUGAGGAUGGGCAACCAACACAGGAUGCUUUGCGAAGCCAGGCCGAAAAGCUUGCCUCCACAUUGGAAGAACGAGCGGAGGCAGCCCGAAUAUUUAAAGACUCUACACCACCUCUACCGUCUCCUCCACGUGCACCGCCCGCAGUUCCAGAUGGGUUUGGUGUUGACCCAUCUCCAGCUUCAGUUCCUGAUGGGUCUGGUGUUGACCCAUCUGCAGCUUCAGUUCCUGAUGGGUCUGGUGUUGACCCAUCUGCAGCUUCAGUUCCUGAUGGGUCUGGUGUUGACCCACUUGCAGCGUCACAGGGUCCUCCUGUUCCCCCGUCAGCUUCCAUUCCCAGCACCUCGGAGGCUCGCGAUCCAGUAUACCCUGCCAUUUUGGCAAGGUUGGAGACUGUGGAGAGGGGGCAGGCCGCUCUGCUAAGAGGACAAACAGCGAUUAUGGAUCAGUUGAAGACCAUAAUGACGCUCCUGCAAGAUCCUAGAAGGCCGGCAGCAGAUUCACAGCCACAGCCACAGCCACAGCCACAACCGGAAGAGGAGGCUCGGACACCGGAAGAUGACUUCAUUCUCCCAAAUGAUUACCAACCGGAUGAUGAUGACAUGUUCUGUACACCUGAGAAGACGAAUAUCACCAGCAUCGGGGAUACUCAGGAUUCUGAGGUGCAGGUGUUAGAGACAGCUCCAGAAGUCAUGGAGAACCGGAGGAAGAGAAGGCGGCCUAGGUGGUUCGCUGAGUACACUGAAAUGAAGAAGAAGGCUAGGGCUACUUCGACACUCGUGAAUGCGGACCCACUUAGAGUGGUUGAUCGGAAGCUGCUCAAGACUUUUCACAAUUGGGUACUCGGCCAGAUUGGGAACAAUUACCCGAGAGAGUGCUUCACCGGUCGAUACCAUUCGUCUUGGUUCCUCGAACUGCAUACUCCGAAAUUUUGGCUUGGGAACGAUCAUUUGGAUGCGGCAUUCCAUUUGAUGAGGAGGCGGCAACACUUUUAUCCCGAGUCCUACCCGAAUAGAUGUGUCAUAAUGCCGUGUAUUUUCCCAGCAGGAGUUAUUGCUCGGUGGGAAGCUGCGGGUGAUGACCAGGCUAACUAUCAGUGGGACGAGGGCAUAUUAGAUUUGAUCCGAGGGGAUGAAAGUCAAUUCUUGGCCAGUUGGAAGAACAAGGAGAGAAUAUAUAUGGCCCUCUACUUCGAUGGAGCAAAGCAUUGCGUGGCAUUAGAGAUAGAUCUGGAUCAUUGGUUGUUGAACAUAUUUGACUCCAGCCUCGGAUCGAUUUCCACGAACGAAUUGAACCGUCACCUGGAAAUGUGGGAAAAAUUACUACCAAAUUUGCUGCUGCAGUCUGGCCUAUUCGAGAGUCAUGACAUGAUCCUCUUGCCUCAACUUACCGCCUCAGAGAGCCAGGUCAGAAAUUUCACUUCAAAAGUCAUGGAUCGGGCCGUUGUUCCACAGACAAAGACAAGCGGUAACUGCGGGAUGUACGUGAUAGAGCACAUCGAGCAUAGUAUGCUGGAGACUACGUUUGAUAAUGUGCACGAUGAGAAUAUGAAGAAAUUUAGAGAGCGGUGGUGUGUAGAUUUGUUUUACCAGAAUUUAGCAUGAACAAAUUUUUUUUUUAUUGGUAUGUUUAUGUUUUUUCAAGAGUUCAUACAAAUUUUACGCCUUUCUUUCGUGCAACAAAUUAUAAUAAUUAUGUAAACAUAAAAUAUCACAAAUUCUAAUGUUUAAAAUAGUCCAACAUUAAUUCAAUAACAA